UUUCAGGUCAAUCAGUCCAGCAGUUGCAGCCGUCCUGAAUCCUUCGCUUCAUCACGUCUUCUCAGCCGCUUCAAUCAGAAGAUUCUUUGACAUGGAUCAAAGGGAGGUCCAACCUGGAGACCUGAUUGAGAUCUUCCGUGAUGAUCAUAACCACUGGGCUGUUUAUGUUGGUGAUGGAAACGUCGUUCACCUCCCAGAACCACCGGGGCAAGGUGGUGAUGGUAUUGGUUUUGUUGGUGAAGCCCAAGGGUUGAGGCAGCAGCUGCAGGACGUGGUGGGAAAUGACAACUGGAGAGUCAACAAUCUCUUGGAUGGUAUACACCCACCUCGUCCAGCUGAUGAUAUUGUGAGAGAUGCCGGCUUACUGGUGUAUGAAGAAAUGGGGUUCAAUCUGGAGAAUGUCAACUGUGAACAGUUCGCCACUGAGCUGCGUUACGGCGAGCCUGAGGGUCAGCAGGAGGUUGCUGCAGCGGUAGAAGUUGCAGCAUUCGCCGCGGAUCUCCUGGGAAAUGAUAGCGAUUGAUAGGGAUGUAACUGGCAUAUCAAUCCAUGAUUCUUAUUUCAUAAAGUUUGGUCAAAUCCACAUGACCUAACUUCAGAAAUGAAGGUGCAAGUUCCUACUUAUUAGAAACAACUUAAUCAAUAAUAUUUUCUUCUUCAACUGAGGAGGAGCAUGAUUUUUAUGUCAAAGAAAUCAAAUAUUUCAUAUGAUGUAAACACAAAUAUGAUUGAGGCUGAUCAGAUGAAUCAAUAAUAAAAUUCCAUCCAUCCAUCCAUCCAUCCAUCCAUCCAUCCAUCCAUCCAUCCAUCCAUCCAUCCAUCCAUCCAUCCAUCCAUCCAUCCAUCCAUCCAUCCAUCCAUCCAUCGUCCGCCGCUUUGUCCGUUCCCGGGUCGCGGGGGCAGCAGCCUCAGCAGGGAUGCCCAGACUUCCUUCACCCCAGACACUUCCUCCAGCUCUUCCUCCAUCUCUUCCUCCAUCUCUUUCUCCAGCUCCUCCGAGGGGAGUCCGAGGCGUUCCCAGGCCAGCCGAGAGACAUAGUCUCUCCAGCGUGUCCUGGGUCUUCCCCGGGGUCUCCUCCCGGUGGGACAUGCCUGGAACUCCUCCCUAGGGAGGAGGGACAUGCCUGGAACACCUCCCUAGGGAGGCGUCCCAUACAGAUGCCCAAGCCACCUCAGCUGACUCCUCUCAAUGUGAAGGAGCAGCGGCUCGACUCUGAGCUCCUCCCGGGGUGACCGAAUUCCUCAGCCUAUCUCUAAGGGAGCGUCCAGCCACCCUGCAGAGGAAACUCACCUCUAAGGGAGGAAACUCAUCUCUAAGGGAGCGUCCAGCCACCCUGCGGAGGAAACUCAUCUCUAAGGGAGUGUCCAGCCACCCUGCGGAGGAAACUCAUCUCAGCCGCUUGUAUCCGCGAUCUUGUCCUUUCGGUCACUACCCAAAGUUCAUGCCCAUAGGUGAGGGUAGGGGCGUAGAUUGACCGGUAAAUCGAGAGCUUCGCCUUUCGACUCAGCUCCUUCUUCACCACGACGGUCCGGUACAUCGACCGCAUAACUGCGGACGCUGCACCGAUCCGCCUGUCAAUCUCCCGCUCCAUCGUUCCCUCACUCGUGAACAAGAUCCCCAGAUACUUGAACUCCUCCACCUGAGGCAGGACUUCUCCACCCACCCGGAGAAGGCACAACACCCUUUCCCGGUGGAGAACCAUGGCCUCGGUCUUGGAGGUGCUGAUUCUCAUCCCUGCCGCGUCGCACUCGGCCUCAAACCGCCCCAGCACAUGCUGAAGGUCCCGGUCCGAUGAAGCCAACAGGACGUCAUCUGCAAAAAGCAGAGAUGAAAUCCUGAGGUUCCCAAACUGGAUCCCCUCCAGCCCCUGGCUGCGCCUAGAAAUCCUGUCCAUAAAGAUUAUGAACAGGACCGGUGACAAAGGGCAGCCCUGCCGGAGUCCAACAUGCACUGGGAACAAGUCUGACUUACUGCCGGCAAUGCGAACCAGACUCCUGCUCCGAUCAUACAGAGACCGGACAGCCAAGGUCAGGAAGAAUAAUAAAAUUCAUACAAUAAAAAUCCUUUGUUUCUUUGUUUUGUUUCAUGAAAGUACUUCAACUUAGUUUUUACAGAUCUUUAGAUGUUCAUUGAUGCUGGAUUUCUUUAUCAUGAUUAUAAAUAUGUUUCCAUGUAUUUCAGUCCUGAUUAUCUGAUUCCUGAAUCUGAAAAUUCAAGAUUCAAGAUCAUUGCUGAUCACAGAGAUAGACGGAUAGACAGACACUAAACCAAUGUGUUUUAAUUUAGACCAAAUAUUGUUCUAUAAAGUAUAAACCAGGUGUUAAAUAACAGGCAGGAAUAAAGCCCCAUCCCAGCCAUCCUCCCCAUCUCUCUGCUGGACUAAAUUAUGAGCAUUAUUGAUGGCAUUGCUCCCAGCGAGGUGAAGGGGAUCCCUGCUAAAGAGAAACCUCCCUGGAGAGAUGCUGCACCGGUCAGAGCUGAAACAAGAGACAAAGAGCUGAACGCAGGUGGAAAACCAACUCAGAGGUUCAUUAUGACGUUAGAAAGAGAGACUGAACGGACCAGACUGGAAUCAGGACAAAAACGUAUUCAGGGAAAACUAUGGACAUUUUCUCUGAGUUGUUUGUCGAUGACAAACCCCAGUUUCAGUUACUGGUUCAGGUCCUAACUCCUGUUUGAAUCACGUCAGCUUCAAUCACAGCGACAUGAGUAAAUAACAUGGAGAUAAUAGUAAAAACAGGAGCAGUUCAGCAGAUAACGGACUGUGUAAGAUGUAUUUCUAUGUGGAAUCUCUCUAAGGUUUAGUGGAGAACAUUAUUUGUGAUGAGUUUUCCUGUUUUUCAUUUCGGCACAUUACUGAUGUUCCCGUCUGAAUUCUUGGGAAGAAAGUAAAACUUGGAGCAGGACUGGACAACCGUGGUCCCCGAGGUCGUCUGUCCAGAUGUUCCACAUGCUUCCUGCUUCAACAGCCAGGUCCUAAAGUGUUUGUCAUGAUGAAUAGACUGGUGCAGACUGGGGAUGGAGGCAGGACUGGGUGGGAUCAGGUCUGUGAAAGCAGUGAAACAUCUCAACUACGCAGGACGGCGGCUCA